AACUCGUUCAGAGACAUCACUUAUUGACGUUAGUGACAUGUUUUUGAUGUUCGGACACGUUCCAGAGAUGUUCAUACGUCGCUGGACUAAUCUGCGAAGAGAUCACUUGAGGCGUGAGGGACAACAGCGUGACAGCUGCGGAAUGUGGAACGAACGCGAUUGACGCAUCGUACGGACAAAGACAUGCUUCGACGGCUUAUUGGUGUAGUAUCCAAGUGCCAAUUGCGGACGUCGUGCGUUCCUUGUCUUCGUCAUCCCAGCAGCAGUACCAUUCACUCGUGUCUUUUCAAGUUGGACUGCAUUCCUGCCGGCAGUGCACCUAUGUGACCAAGAACAGUGGACACAUGCAAAGACACCUUUGUAAACAUACGGGCGAGCGCCCCUUCCAGUGCCACCUGUGUCCAGCUGCAUUCUCUCAGAACUCGGAUCUCACAGGGCACAUUCGCACCCACACAGGAGAGCGUCCCUUUUCCUGUGACACCUGCAGUGCAUCUUUUUCAUGUCAAAAGAACCUCGUGAAGCACAUUAACACCCAUACAGGAGAGCGUCCCUUUUCCUGUGACAACUGCAGUGCAUCCUUUUCGCUGAAACAUCACCUCAACUACCACAUGCGCACCCACACGGGGGAGUGCCCUUUUUCCUGUGACCACUGCAGUGCAUCCUUUUCGCAUAAACAGACCCUCAAAGACCACAUGCUCACCCACACAAGGGAAUGCCCAUUUUCCUGUGACCACUGCAAUGCAUGCUUUACGCGAAAACAGAGCCUCGCCCGCCACAUGGGCCAUUGUCUUGCCUUUUCCUCUGCUGCUCCCUGUGGCUUUGCAGGUUCCUUGUCUUCGGCAUCCCAGGAGCAGUACCAUUCACUCGUGUCCUUUCAAGGUGGACUGCAUUCCUGCCGGCAGUUCACCUACGUGACCAAGGAUAGGAGAAACAUGAAAAGACACCUUCGCAAACACACGGGCCAGCGCGCCUUCCAGUGCCACCUGUGCCCAGCUACAUUCUCUGAGAACACUCAUCUCAUAGAGCACAUUCGCACCCACACGGGGGACUGCCCUUUUUCCUGUGACCACUGCAGUGCAUCCUUUUCGGGUAAAAGUAACCUCGUGCAACACAUGCGCACUCACACAGGAGAGCGACCCUUUUCCUGUGACAACUGCAGUGCAUCCUUUUCGCGGAAAGAUAACCUCAAUGACCACAUGCGCACCCACACGGGGGAGCGCCCUUUUACCUGUGACCACUGCAGUGCAUCCUUUUCGCGGAAACAUCACCUCUUGCAACACAUGCGCACCCACACGGGGGAGCGCCCCUUUUCCUGUGACCACUGCUGUGUAUCCUUUUCGCAGAAACAUCACCUCAACAACCACAUGCUCACCCACACAGGGGAACGCCCCUUUUCCUGUGACCACUGCAAUGCAUGCUUUAUGCGAAAACAGCACCUCAUCCGCCACAUGGGCCGUUGUCUUGCUCGCAAGAAGCUCUAA